AUGUCUCCUAACAGCACAAAAAUAGAAGUUCUUAGAUUCCUCCUUCUUGGGAUCCCUGGACUAGAGAAGAAUCACAUCUGGAUAUCCAUUCCUUUCUCAUCUGUGUACCUUCUUUCUAUCCUGGGUAAUUUUACCAUUCUCUUCUUUAUCAAGACAGAGCAAAGCCUCCAUGAACCCAUGUACUAUUUCCUUUCCAUGCUCUCCAUCUCUGACUUAGGACUGUCCCUCUCUUCCUUACCCACCACUUUGGGACUACUCCUGUUUGGUGUCCAUGAAAUUCAUGCAACUGCGUGCUUCGCCCAGGAGUUUUUCAUUCAUCUGUUCACAGUUACUGAAGCCUCUGUGCUGUCAGUGAUGGCAUUUGACAGAUAUGUGGCAAUCCAUAACCCUUUGAGAUACAGCGCAAUCUUAACCAGCUCUAGAGUCAUCAAAACAGGGAUCUUUCUGACUUCCAAGAAUGUUCUUUUGAUCUUUCCACUGCCCUUUCUCCUGCAACGGCUGAGAUAUUGUCAUCAAAACCUGCUCUCCCACUCCUAUUGUCUCCAUCAGGACGUCAUGAAACUGGCAUGUUCUGACAACAGAGUCAACGUUGUCUACGGACUCUGUGCUGCACUUUCCACUAUGCUGGAUUUGGUCUUUAUUGCUUUCUCCUACAUCAUGAUUUUAAAGACUAUACUAGGAAUUGCCACCCCAAGAGAACAGUUCAAGGCCCUCAACACCUGCAUUUCUCACAUCUGUGCUGUGCUUGUCUUCUAUGCGCCCAUGCUGAGUGCCGCGAUGCUCCACCGUUUUGCCAAGGAUGUGUCUCCUAUGAUCCAUGUCCUCAUGGCUGAUGUUUUCCUUCUGGUACCACCUCUGAUAAAUCCCAUCGUGUACUGUGUGAAGACCCGUCAAAUUCGAGAAAAGGUUGUGGGGAAAUUUUGUCCAAAAAGAAGUUGA